CCUGAGGCAACGAGAAAGCUCCAUGCCGACCCCAUAUCACCGAUCUUCGUGUCUCCGACCUAUUGCUCCAAGCACCAUGGACUCUCCCGUCCUCAACCAGCUGUUCCGACAGCUCUUCCGACACCCGGCCUGCCAGUUGCACCGGCGGCCACCCCCUCACUCUCCCGCCAGACCCGCACGUUCCUCACCCGGCGUACACCCACCAAGCGCAAAUCGCAGGGCGAUGGCAUGCUGUGGACGAAGCGGGGAGACUACCCCAAGAAUAUCGAUGAGGAGUACUGGUCAUACCCGACAGUGACGGCGAAGGAUCUGCAGAAUCGGCGCGAGCGCCCACGGCAGGUCAAGAUGUUGACACGCGAGUUCAUUGACGACAGUCUUUAUAACCCACAUUAUGGUUAUUUCUCGAAGCACGCAACCAUUUUCAGCCCCGGUCAGCCAUUCGAUUUCAAUAGCAUCGAAGACGGACCCGCCUUCCACCGGCUCCUAGGGGAGCGGUACAUCGAAUUCGAGGAUUUGCUUGACGAGAAGAAGCCCGACAUUGCGCGACAGCUAUGGCAUACACCGACCGAGCUGUUUAGACCGUAUUAUGGCGAGACAAUUGCUCGGUAUCUCGUCUCGAAUUACAAGCUCACCCUGUAUCCCUACCACGACCUGAUAAUCUAUGAGAUGGGCGCUGGAAACGGUACAAUGAUGCUGAAUAUUUUGGAUUUCAUUCGUGAUACGGAUUACGAGGUGUACCAGCGCACCAAGUUCAAGAUCAUUGAGAUUUCGCCUGCUCUAGCAGAUCUGCAAAUGAAGAACUUGCUGGACACGCUCAAUUCCAAGGGCCACCGGGACCGUGUUGAGAUUAUUAACCGGUCUAUCUUUGACUGGGACACAUACGUGCAUUCUCCCUGUUUCUUCCUGGCUCUCGAAGUGUUCGAUAAUUUCGGUCACGAUGCUAUUCGGUAUAACGCCCGUACGGAGGUUCCCCAGCAAGGCGGAGUUCUGAUCGACGCGGACGGGGAGUUCCACGAGUACUUCAAUACACAGCUUGAUCCUGUUGCGGCGCGUUUUCUCCGCGUGCGCCAGGCUGCAUCUCGGCGCCCGUUCCCCAGCCCCCUUGGCCCGCGAUUCCUGCGCGGCAUUCGCUCUGCGCCACCUUUCCGCAAAGAGUUCUCUCUGCCAGAAUACAUACCCACGCGGCUGAUGCAGUUCUUUGAUGUGCUGAAUCAAUACUUCCCUGCUCAUCGUUUGGUGGCAAGUGAUUUUAGUUCCUUGCCAGAUGCAGUACCGGGAUUGAAUGCGCCCGUGGUGCAGACCCGAUACCAGCGGCGAACUGUGCCGGUGACAACUCCAUUUGUUCAUCAGGGCUACUUUGAUAUCUUCUUCCCCACUGACUUUAAUGUCGUCGAAGAUGUUUAUCGUGCAGUUACUGGUAAACUGACUCAAGUCAUGAGCCAUGAAGACUUCGUUCACCGCUGGGCAUAUAUUGAAGAUACAGAGACGCGGAAUGGGGAAAACCCGUUGUUGACUUGGUACAAAAAUGCCAGUAUGUUGAUGACGGUGUAG